UGCCAAACGGUUUUCUUGGUAUACUCUUUCUCUCACUCAAAGUGAGCCACCAAAGCUAGAUUGAACUGAACAGCAAGAUCACAAUGGGAACUCGAGGCCUUGAGAUAGUGCGCUUCCGCGGGCGUUACUACAUUCGCUAUAACCGAUUCGACAGCUACUUCGAAGGUCUCGGCGCCCAAAUUGUCGCGAGCAUCCCCGCCAACCCCGAGGAAUACCAUAAAUGGCUUGAGUCGAUGCGAGCCGAGUAUGCGGCCAGGGAAACUGCCCUUGAAAGUCAUGUCUACGAGAUUCGCGAUGGCUUUGAACCCGACUAUUCACAGUUUCGCGAGUUUGAGACGCUUCCUUCCGAGAUCCCCCGGCUGGAUGACUUUGCUGAGUACAUAUACAUCAUAAACCUCGACCAGGAAGUCCUUACCAUGAACCACAGCAUACACUGGAAGCUGGGGGAUAUCCCGCGCCAGGGCGAACUGUGGCUUCGCGCCAUUGCAGACAGCAUCUAUCAAUACAAGCUCACCAUCUCCCUCGACCUCUGCCCUGAAAAGCAUAUGGCCUCACCGGCUUUGGCAAUUCCUGAGCGGAACAGGACGAUUGAAUAUGACUGUUGCCUCGUAACCCCGAGGACAGGCCUCGCGGAGGCGCGAAAAACAUUUCUCGCACACCUUUCGGCUAACGUGCUCAUUCAAUACAAGGACGCGAUCAUCAAUUUUGGGAUGGAGUGGAGCCCGGACUCGUUUCCCUUUCGCGAGUUGGCGUUUGCUCUUGUCUCAAUUGCGUCCGGUCAGGCCAGGUUUUAUUCUUUUCCUGCUCGGCUGUGUAACCCUCGAACUUGCCAAUCAUGGGACUGUAAAUCGGACCAUUUAUACAAGUCCCCUGGAUGGCUCGACGAGAAGUGGGUCGGUGAUAGCGCUCCGUUGCUAGAAUUUGGCUCCCCGUCUCAUCGACCGGGAGAGCCUCCAGGGGCGUCGCCCAUGGAGACGAUAUACUGGUUUGAGGAUGUACUAGUCAGCCUUGCACUGGUUCUUGAUGGCGAGGCCAUCACGAAGGCUGUUACUUGGGGCAUCGAGCAGGGACGAGCCAACUUCCAGAUCGUCGUUCUAUCGCUCUUUGAAGUGGCCUUUGCGGAGGUCUCCUGUGAUGAUGACAAAAAGCCUAUUGUUAAAACCAGUGACGCGGUCCAUCUCUCGCCACUGCGUGCAGAUUAUUGUGCGAGCACACAUCCGCGCACGCGACCAGAGCUGAAGCCAGGGAUGAAGAUCCAGCAUCAGCGCGGUGAGCGCAUCAUGCAAUCAAACUGCACAGGGACAAGACACAGACUCCAGAGCCAGUUCCCCGGGCUCGCGGCGCUCGUCAACUUUUUCGAAGUUGCCGCAAACCGCCGCGCAGAAUCAAAAUCAGGAGGCAUUCUCCCACCGGAGCUUUAUGACCGGAUUCUGGAUUUUGUCGACUAUGAUACAUGGAAGACCUGCUUACUAGUAUCGACAGUGUUUCGUUCCUGGUGUCUCCGCAAGUACAGGCUUGACGAUCGAAUAAGGAUUGUGGGAGGUCCUUUUGUGAGGGUGCAAAAGUAUCACGAAGAACGUCGGGCGUCCUUCAACUUCGAAAACAUCCAAACGGGCAAGAUCCUUCCGAUGAUGUGGCUUCCACAUCAUAUCUGGAUGGAAGAGUAUAACUGGAUUCCAGUCAUCGGCAGUGACCGAAGAGCACUCAUGUUGGACGUAUCCCUCCAGUUUGAGCCGGCGGGGGAUGUGCCAGUGGAGGCCGACAGCGAUGAUGAAUAGGCAUGAAGUCUUCUGUCAUAUGACGCUGGAGUAGGCUGGAAGAAGUCUGAGUCAGUCAGUCCGCUAAUUUAAAUUAUUCAAUGUGCCAUCGGCACUGAUAAAACGAUAUUCGCGCGUGCCUGACACUCUGGGAAUAUAUCAACUACCGCUACUACUCAAUAGUGCCUAGGUAUUAUUAUGGUUCCCAUCCUCAAGGACAUGAGUCACCAUGUCAGCUCAAGGUACCACCACAUCUUCCAGUGAGAGAACCAAACCCCUAAAAUACCCCAAGGAACAGAGCGUAGUAGCCC